AUGUCGACACUGGCCCCCCUGCGUCUGCUGCGCGAGCCCUGGAACGCCAGUGAGGGCAACCAGAGCAACACCACAGUCGGAGCCAGCAGCGGCUGGUGCCAGGGGCUGGACAUUCCCAAUGAGCUGUUUCUGGCACUUGGGCUGGUGAGCCUGGUGGAGAACCUGCUGGUAGUGGCCGCCAUCCUGAAGAACAGAAACCUGCACUCACCCACCUACUACUUCAUCUGCUGCCUGGCGGUGUCUGACAUGCUGGUGAGCAUCAGCAACCUGGCGGAGAUGCUCUUCAUGCUGCUGCUGGAGCACGGGGUGCUGGUGAUGCGCCCCAGCAUUGUCCGCCACAUGGACAACGUCAUCGACAUGCUCAUCUGCAGCUCUGUUGUGUCCUCCCUCUCCUUCCUGGGGGUCAUCGCUGUCGACCGCUACAUCACCAUCUUCUACGCCCUGCGCUACCACAGCAUCAUGACGCUGCAGAGGGCCGUGGUGACUAUGGCCAGCAUCUGGCUGGCCAGCACCGUCUCCAGCACCGUCCUCAUCACCUACUACCACAGCAACACCAUCCUCCUCUGCCUCAUCAGCUUCUUCCUCUUCAUGCUGAUCCUCAUGCUGGUGCUCUACAUACACAUGUUUGCCCUGGCCCGCCACCACCUCCACAGCAUCUCCAGCCAGCAGAAGCCUCCCACUGCCCACCACAGUGGCAGCCUGAAGGGUGCUGUCACCCUCACCAUCCUCCUGGGGGUCUUCUUCAUCUGCUGGGGGCCCUUCUUCUUCCACCUCAUCCUUAUUGUCAUCUGCCCCACCAACCCCUUCUGCACCUGCUUCUUCAGCUACUUCAACCUCUUUCUCAUCCUCAUCAUCUGUAACUCGGUGAUUGAUCCCCUCAUCUAUGCCUUCAGGAGCCAAGAGCUCCGACGGACGCUGCGGGAGGUGGUGACGUGCUCCUGUUGCUCCCAGUGGGGACCGGCUGGGACCGGGAGGAACCGGCAGGGCGGCGGGAGGCUGGUUUCCACGCGGGGGGCGGCCCUGGCCGCCCCCGGACAAAGGGCCCAUCCCUGUCGUCUUUGUUCUCGGGCCGCGCCCGCCGCCGCCCACCCCGGCACCGGCACCGGCACCGGCCCUGUCCCCGAUGCCGCGGGGGCUCCCGGCGACCCGACCACCCGGGGGGUGCCCCCUGGCCGUGCCCCCCGCGGCUGCCGGGGCUCCCCGCUCCGCCGCGGCGUGGCGUGGCCGUGGGCGUGGCCGUGGGCGUGGCCGUGCGGGGCGGCCCGGGCGGUGCCGGUGCCGCAGGGCUGUUGCAGCGCUGCGGCGGCGGCCGCUGAUUGGCUGCGGGCGGCGGUGACGUCAGCGGCCGGCUCGGUGCGGCGGCGGGCGCCUAUAAAGGCGGUGGCGGCGGCGGGUCCGCCCCCCGCGCUCCCGGUGCCGCUCUGCUCCGGUGCCGCUCCGCUCCCGGCCCCUGCCCGCUCCCGUCCCGCUCCGCUCCGGCCCGGCCGCACCAUGAGGGAGAUCGUCCACAUCCAGGCGGGGCAAUGCGGCAACCAGAUCGGCGCCAAGUUCUGGGAGGUGAUCAGCGAUGAACAUGGCAUCGACCCCAGUGGCAACUACGUGGGGGACUCGGACCUGCAGCUCGAGCGCAUCAGCGUCUACUACAAUGAGGCCUCUUCUCACAAGUAUGUGCCUCGUGCCAUCCUGGUGGACCUGGAGCCAGGGACAAUGGACAGCGUGCGCUCAGGCGCCUUCGGCCACCUCUUCCGCCCGGACAACUUCAUCUUUGGGCAGAGCGGUGCCGGGAACAACUGGGCAAAGGGGCACUACACGGAGGGGGCCGAGCUGGUGGACUCCGUGCUGGACGUGGUGCGGAAGGAGUGCGAGAACUGCGACUGCCUGCAGGGCUUUCAGCUGACCCACUCGCUGGGUGGGGGCACAGGCUCGGGCAUGGGCACCCUGCUCAUCAGUAAGGUGCGGGAGGAGUACCCCGACCGCAUCAUGAACACCUUCAGCGUGGUGCCGUCCCCCAAGGUGUCGGACACGGUGGUGGAGCCCUACAAUGCCACGCUCUCCAUCCACCAGCUAGUGGAGAACACGGAUGAGACCUACUGCAUCGACAAUGAGGCGCUCUACGACAUCUGCUUCCGCACCCUCAAACUGGCCACCCCCACCUACGGUGACCUAAACCACCUCGUUUCAGCUACCAUGAGCGGUGUCACCACCUCCCUGCGCUUCCCUGGCCAGCUCAACGCUGACCUCCGCAAGCUGGCUGUCAACAUGGUGCCCUUCCCGCGUCUCCACUUCUUCAUGCCGGGCUUCGCCCCUCUGACAGCACGCGGCAGCCAGCAGUACCGUGCCCUCACCGUGCCUGAGCUCACCCAGCAGAUGUUCGAUGCCAAGAACAUGAUGGCUGCUUGCGACCCCCGCCAUGGCCGCUACCUCACCGUGGCCACUGUCUUCCGUGGCCGCAUGUCCAUGAAGGAGGUGGACGAGCAGAUGUUGGCCAUCCAGAGCAAGAACAGCUCCUACUUUGUAGAGUGGAUCCCCAACAAUGUCAAGGUGGCUGUGUGCGACAUCCCACCGCGGGGGCUGAAGAUGUCCUCCACCUUCAUCGGGAACAGCACAGCCAUCCAGGAGCUCUUCAAGCGCAUCUCAGAGCAAUUCACAGCCAUGUUCCGCCGCAAAGCCUUCCUACACUGGUACACAGGUGAGGGCAUGGACGAGAUGGAGUUCACCGAGGCCGAGAGCAACAUGAAUGACCUGGUGUCUGAGUACCAGCAGUACCAGGAUGCCACAGCUGAGGAGGAGGGCGAGAUGUAUGAGGACGACGAGGAGGAGUCGGAGGCACAGGGUGCCAAGUGAUGCCUGAUGCCACCCCCCGACGCUGCCCGCGGCCCCCCUGGCUUCGCGCUGCUGCACCCCCCGGGUGGUGCCCCCCCUGCCGUCCCCUCAGUGUGUCCUGCCCCCCUGCCCCCCUGAGCCAGCUCGGCUCCCCACCCCUCCGUCCCACCUCCCCCCCUUUUCGUUUUUUACUGGUUCGUGUCUAUUAUUUUUUUUGAAUACUUAAUAAAUUUAUUGCUGUCCAGGUA